GAAAAUUGAACAAGAUGGACGAGACCAGCAAAGAGGAGGAAGAGGACAGCACGUUCACCACCAUUUCUCUAGCAGAUGAAGCAGCAUAUACCAACAACCUCCUAGACGGCAGUCAGGAUUUUCCACGUAGAUUCGCCACCAAUUUUCAGGCUCUUGGACAACACCAGAACCUCUAGGCUGUUCCAGGAUUUUGUGUCCAAGGCCUGGAAGUUUGUUGUCCAAGAUGAUGAAUGCUGACAUGGAUGCAGUUGAUGCUGAAAAUCAGGUGGAACUGGAGGAAAAAACACGACUUAUUAAUCAAGUGUUGGAACUCCAACACACACUUGAAGAUCUCUCUGCAAGAGUAGAUGCAGUUAAGGAAGAAAAUCUGAAGUUAAAAUCAGAAAACCAAGUUCUUGGACAAUAUAUAGAAAACCUCAUGUCUGCUUCUAGUGUUUUUCAGACAACUGACACAAAAAGCAAAAGAAAGUAAGGGAUUGAUUUCCCUUCUGCUUUAUGGAAUUGCUGCUGAUUUAAAACUUGGAUAGAUUCCAAAAGUUACAGUACUUUGUGGCUUCUUUGAAUAUUUAUGAAGAUAAUGUCAGGCCUAGGCAAAAUUAACUGCGUAACAGAAGACUUCCAUGAAUUUGUGUAUUAUGUUAGUCUGAAAAUGUGCAAAUGUAUUGUAGAGACUUUAUAAUUAGAAUUGCAUAUAUUUAUGAAACUUGAAGAUGUUUUAUCAAAUUUGCUUUGAUAUAUAGGUUUAGCACUGUCUUUUAUUAUAGGCUUAGUAAGAUAAACCAGAAAAUAACCACC